GCUGUCAAGCCUGUAGGUUGGCACAGGUGGCAUGGUAGAGCUGCCAGGCCUGUAGGCUAGCACAAGUUAUACUGUAUGUCAGACUGGCUCAGAUAGCAAUGUCCUAUGAUCUGACACUGAUCUCUGCCAUAGCCCGGUAGUUGGUAAGUCUGACUGCAGGAUCGAGCUAAGUGGGCACCGGGCAGAGCAUCCCUGGAGGGUGCUGUAUUGUCACCUGCUGGCUCCCAUUACAGGGAUGGGCUGCGCUCCCAGUAUUCAUGUAUCUCAGAGUGGGGUGAUCUACUGCAGGGACUCCGACGAGUCCAACUCCCCACACCAGACAACCACCAUAUCUCAGGGCACUGCGGCCACUUUGCAUGGACUCUUCAUCAAGACAGACGCAGCGGACACCAUACCUUCUGUGCUCGCUUAUCAAAGUCGCUACCCACCUGCCACUCGAACUGGCUCACGAAAGGAACGCAAGGAUCCAGGGCAGCACAGCUGCACAGAGGCCGAGACGCAGACCAGUCACACCAGCAUGAAGCAGAUCUCUACGCAGGAACUGUGGUUGGGACCGAUGAGAUUGAUGCAGGAUCCUAUUCAGGUGUUGCUCAUAUUUGCUAAGGAGGACAGUCAGAGUGAUGGCUUCUGGUGGGCCUGUGAUCGAGCCGGGUACCGAUGUAACAUCGCUCGGACGCCGGAAUCCGCCCUUGAAUGCUUUUUGGAUAAACACCAUGAGAUAAUUGUCAUAGAUCACAGGAAUUCAAGAUACCUUGAUGCAGAAGCUAUGUGCAGGUCAAUACGAGCAACAAAGCCAGCCGAACACACUACAAUCCUUGCUGUAGUUCCACGCGUCAACUCUGAUCAAGAAGAGAUGUCUGUCCUUCCUCUCCUGCGAACAGGAUUCAGCAGGAGAUUCGUAGAGAAUAGCAGUAUGAUUGCGUGUUACAAUGAGCUGAUUCAGAUUGAACACGGGGAGGUGCGAUCGCAAUUCAAACUGCGGUCCUGUAAUUCCAUAUUUACAGCGUUAGAUCAGUGUCAGGAAGCCAUAGAAAUUACAAGUGAAGACCAUGUCAUACAGUAUAUUAAUCCAGCGUUUGAACGGAUGAUGGGCUACAACCGAGAGGAACUCAUUGGGAAAGAGCUCACCGAAUUGCCAAAGAGUGACAAAAACCGGGCAGACCUUCUGGAUACAAUCAACACAUGCAUCAAAAAGGGAAAGGACUGGCAAGGGAUUUAUUAUGCAAGGCGGAAAUCAGGGGACAGUAUCCAGCAACACGUGAAAGUUUCCCCGGUAAUUGGCCAAGGAGGGAAAAUUAGACAUUUUGUGUCUAUCAAGAAGCUGUGCAGUGCCAGUGACAACAAUAAACAGAUCUACAAGCUAACCCGAGAUGAAAAGUACCCUGGAGAGAAUGCACUAACAGAAUCUCACUCGUUCAGGCAUAAAAAUAGACGGAAAGAGUCCAUUGAUGUCAGAUCCAUUACAUCUCGAAGUAGUGAUGCUCCAAGUUUACAAAACCACAGAUAUUCGUCCAUGGCGCGAAUCCACACCAUGACUAUAGAAGCUCCGAUUACGAAGGUCAUUAAUAUAAUAAACGCAGCUCAGGAGAACAGCCCGGUGACAGUGGCUGAAGCUUUGGACAGAGUUUUGGAAAUUCUACGAACGACAGAACUCUAUUCUCCCCAGCUGGGCACCAAAGAUGAAGAUCCUCACACCAGCGACCUCGUUGGAGGGUUAAUGACGGAUGGCUUGAGGAGACUUUCUGGAAAUGAAUAUGUUUUCUCAAAAAACAUGUAUCACAGCCAUAGUCACCUUCCAAUGCCGGCCACUGUUAAUGACGUCCCACCACGAAUUGCCCAAAUACUGGACAAUGAAGACUCCUGGGAAUUUAACAUAUUUGAAUUAGAAGCAGUAACACAUAAAAGGCCAUUGGUUUACCUUGGUUUAAAGAUAUUUGCAUGUUUCGGAGUCUGUGAGUUCCUGAAUUGCUCGGAGGCCACACUUCGUUCGUGGUUGCAGAUAAUUGAAGUGAACUAUCACGCCUCGAACUCGUACCAUAACUCUACCCAUGCGGCCGAUGUCCUGCACGCCACUGCGUUUUUUCUUCAAAAAGAUAAUGUGAAGGCAAGUCUUGACCAGUUAGACAAGGUAGCCGCCCUUAUUGCUGCCACGGUGCACGAUAUAGAUCAUCCAGGCCGUACCAACUCCUUCCUGUGCAACGCGGGCAGCGAAUUAGCGGUACUGUACAAUGACACCGCCGUGCUGGAGAGUCACCAUGCUGCCCUGGCCUUCCAACUCACAGCCAAGGAUAAUAAAUCCAACAUCUUCAAGAAUAUGGACCGGACUCAGUAUCGAACCCUGCGGCAGGCUAUCAUUGACAUGGUUCUAGCUACAGAAAUGACCAAGCACUUUGAGCAUGUAAACAAAUUUGUGAACAGCAUCAACAAACCUGUAGCAGGAGAAGACAGCAACUCCAACAGUGAGGGCAGUGACUGUGAAUGUUCGAGCACCCCAAGGAAUUCUCCCGAAAACCGUAUCCUUAUCAAACGCAUGAUGAUUAAAUGUGCAGAUGUAGCUAAUCCCUGCCGCCCCCUGGAUUUGUGCAUUGAAUGGGCUGGAAGGAUAUCUGAGGAGUAUUUUUCGCAGACCGAUGAAGAGAAGAAACAAGGAUUACCGGUUGUGAUGCCGGUGUUUGACAGACACACCUGUAGCAUACCGAAAUCUCAGAUAUCAUUCAUAGACUAUUUCAUUACGGAUAUGUUCGAUGCGUGGGAUGCUUUCGCACAUUUACCCAACCUCAUACAGCACCUGACAGAAAAUUACAAGUACUGGAAAUCACUAGAUGAACUGAAAUGUAAAAGUCUCAGGUGUUCGUCCGACUGAUGGAAAUGAAGGGAAAAAACCCCACAACCUCUCGACCUACCUGCACUGUGAAUUAUGUACUAACAGUCAUACAAACAAGACAAAAUAAGUCUCAGAGACAAAUAAUCACUUUUUACCCUCAUCGGCCACAUUAAGUAUCAAGGAACUUAUUAAAGUCCUUUUUUUUAUAUAUUUUUUAACAAUAAUUUCACACCAAGAAUGACAUUUCUGAAAUGGUUCUAUUUGCGUGGAUUCUUUUUAUUUGAGGCUCCAUAUAAAUCUGUUAGGUAUUUGUGCAACAGAGAACUGACACACAAUGCUUUGCACACACUCACUUUUCACUAUGUGAGUUAAAACUUCGUUCUUUCACAAGAGAAAGUCACUGGCCAUCAAUCACUUUAGUGUCUAGCACUUUUCUCAUUCGUAUUCGUCGUUGCUGUGUGUACAGAGGAGACAUUUUUAUA